CCAGAAAAAAACCCAAACAACACAGCCGGAACCGGGAUUCGAACCCGGGUAUCUUCCAGUCUCGACGUGACAUGGCCAGCACAUUGAUAACACGCCAUCAGCCAAGCUCGAAAGGAGGAUAGCCAAGGCACAAUGACGAAGAAGAAGAACGGAUCAGCUGGAAUGUUCUCCAUGCUGAGGAAGAAGUUCUCCCUGCUGCCUUUCUGGAUAUCGCUUCCGCUUGCAUAGUCGACGUGGAAAUUGUCCUAGAAGUUUGCAAUACAACGGCUUAGAAGGUAUCUGUCAAAACUCCCAUUCUAUAGUGGCUUAUCUCUCUUGCAGCGGACGCACCGGCCUGGGAUAAGCUUUGCCUAGGACACCUCGGCGGCGCUCAGUCUGGUCCCCGCACCACCUACAGUGAGCGCGGGGCCGCUACUCGAAGCUCUACAGCAACCUAACUUGACCUAUGUCCUACCUAACUUAAACCAACCUAACGUUACUUGAUCUAUCUCGACAUUGUGCAUUGCCAGGAGCGCUGACCCCCCCCCGUAGGACUGGAACCAUUGGAACAGAAAGGAUGUGUGACGAACGCGCCAAAUGGGAAAUGCGUUCCCACUAUAUCCUCGCUUCCUUAGGCAGCUCAGUGGGCGCUGGCUGGUUGGAACUGGCAGCUACAGUGCGGGACUAUGGUGGCAUGGCUUUCCUCUUGGCCCACGUUACUCUGACGGUGCUGGUGGCCAUGCCCCUGUUCGCUCUGGAGAUGUCCCUGGGUCAGUUCGCCGGCAUAGGUCUCGCUCACGUCUUCCAGUGCUGUCCUGUUGGAAGGGGCCUUGGUAUUUCUCUCGCCAUCGCCGCCUUUGUCCAGAUCACGCUUCAGAGCAUGUCCCUGGCAUACACACUCGCCUCCCUGUGGCAAUCAAUUGGACGGCUCUUGCUGUGGGAUGACCAAUGUCCCAGCAUAUUUGAAGACCAAUGCACUUCCACCCAGUCUGGUAAUGGAACUGGCAAUGGAUCUGCCGUCGAUCACGAAUUCUAUCUUCGUCCUUUCCCUCGCUUGAGUACAGGACCGUCAGACAUUGGAGGGAUCAGCGUUGACGUUGUCAUCUGCUUCUUUCUAGCGUGGCUUCCGCUGCUCGUUCUAUUGCGCCGUAGCGUCGAUGUCUACGGCAAGUAUCUGUACAUUCUCGUGACGGUUCCCCUUGCAUUGGCCAUUUUGAGUGUGAUCGCUCUUUUCGUAUCCCGCGCUACGUUCCUGCGUUCACAGUGGAAAGUCCUGGCCGACUACACGGUGUGGUGUCGUGCUGUAGAGCAGUCGUUGGACACUCUGGCGCUAGGACGCGGCGUAGUCAUUGCGUUAGCGAGCUUCAAGAACGUGCACGACGACGUAAUACAGGACACUACAAGGCUAACGUUGAUGACCACGACCGUGACCUACGUUUUAUGCACUGUGGGGCUGACAAAGAGGACGAGGGACGUCAGGAGUGUGUGGGCCAUUCUUGUCUGGUCGUCCUUCUACCUUCUGCAACUAUCUGACUGCUUGUUGCUCGCUGAGACGCUGUUGGUUAGCCUAGCGGACGCCACAUCCGUCACAUCCAGGAAGGCGAGACGUCUGUCAGCCCUUGGCAUUUCUGUGGCAGCGUUCAUCUUGGCUCUUCCACUGUGUUUCUACUCUGGGCCAUAUUACAUGGAGCUACUGGAAAAGGAAGCGGUCCCGGUGGCGACACUCUUUUUAUGUCUCCUGGAGCUCAUCGUUAUCAAUUUCGGUUACGGAACUGAGCGGUUCGCCUUCGAUGUGAGCUUCAUGCUGCAGCGUUCGCCAAGCAGACUUUGGGUGCUGUCAUGGCGUUACAUCUGCUGGCCGUUACUUGUCGCUGCACUGGUGUGCCGGUUAUGCACUGGCUUACGUGCGGACAUCAGCCUCCUAUACGAGUGGUCACCCGCACUGGUCCUGGCACUGUCCUUGAUUCUGGUUGUGCUACUGUUUAUGCCUUCGCCAAUUUGGGCCUACUUUUUGUGUCAGCGUGAGCCAAAGGGCCUAGCGGGGCUCCUGGAGCCGAACCCUCACUGGGGUCCUGCAGAGCCCGAAGCGUUCAACGAUUACCGUCGUGAAUUGUUUGCCAGUUCGAGAAGACUGUCCAUCGUACGGCGUCAAUCUUCCUUAGGCACCGAGGUAGAAGAUCUGUUACCCAGAAGCGUCAUCGGGGUGGACCAGCCUUCGAGCAGUAUCUAUUAGACAGCCCGAUGGCAUCUUGGCGAUGUAUACGUUCAUCCUGGUGGAUACUUACGUAUAUACACAACAUAUCUGCGAAGUUGCGAAUGCCUAAACCAGCAACUAUCGCAUCUACCACGUUUCUCCUCUUGACCAUAUUAAAAGUACAAGCAGGACUAAAGUGUCCUUCGCUGAUACCACAUGCA